GAAUCAUCUUGUAAGCUUGGGAGCCACCUACGCACAUGGCAAGGCUUGUCAGCAGCUGACAAAAGAGGUCUCAGCCAGAUGGGCCAUGGGCCUGGCCCUGCUGCGGAUACACGCGUGCCAGAAGGAGACCCCGAGCAAGGACGUAGAGAUAAAUGCUGUCUGCUUCAGUGAUGACGUAAAGUAAUGGUUUGUGAUACCUGCAGGGCUUGCCAGCAAUGGGCUUUAACCCUCGAAGUUUUUUGCUCAGUCGGAUACACACUGUGGGUCUCAAUGGGCAGAAGAGUGCCCAGCCCGUCCUCUUUGUUGCUGUGAAGUCCAUUCACCCCUCUGCCACGGAAUCGGAGCUGUUACACCACCAGCUGUUCCAGCACUAAUGAACAAGCCCAGCUUUUGGAGUAGAAGGAGAUGAAAUUCCUCCUGGGCCAGCUGAAAAUGGGUUCCACUAGGAUGCUGCAGGACACAGAGGUCUGCAGAUUCACAGGAUCCACAUCUGGAGAACUCCCAGCAAUAAAUUUGUACCAGGCUGCCUUCCCAGGAUGACUGCUUCCUGCACAGGCUGGUUACAGGCAAGCAGAAGAUCUGGGUGCAGAUGAAAGGAGAAAGUCGUCAGCCCUGCACUGGCCUGGAAUGUGAAGUGACACUGGAACUGUGUCGUGUGCGGAAGCUCCACGACAGAAAGGAACAACUGAGGACACAGAGGCUGCUGGUAAGCAAGGAGAAGCGUGAUGGAGGAGGAUGCUUUUACAGGACGCUCCUCCUGCAGGGUAAUAAGGAGAACGUCGCCUUCACCCUACAGUCUGCCCUUCCUGCACAUACUGGGUUUUGUCACUUGGGCUUCUGACAAGGAGGUGCAUUUUGGCUGCUGCUGGUACAGGAUGUGUCAGUCUGUCCCCCCAGCUGCUACCCACCAGCUUCCCCGAAUCCAUCGUCUCUUUGAGUCGCUUGCCCAGCUCGGAGCCCGAGGCCACCAUGGCCCGCAGCAUGUCCCCCGUGGCCAGGUGGCAGACACAGUACGUCUCGGCCAGCUUCGGAGCCUGCAGGAAAGGACGGACGGAAGCGUGCUGCAGAUUGAGGAGCCGGAGCCGCUCGAGGAGGCUUCGCGCUGGUGUUGUCACACCUUGACCAUGAACGGGUACCUGAACGAAUCCAAUUUCACGAUGGUGGAGGAGGGCUUCACCAGCAGGGACCUCCUGGAGAGCACCCUGCUGGAGCUGUGCCAGGCGGGUGACCGGCAGGCCUUCUUCGUGGCAGACCUCGGGGACAUCGUGAAGAAACACGUGCGCUUCCUGAAGGCCUUGCCCCGCGUCAAGCCCUACUUCCCCGUGAGGUGCAACAGCAGCGGAGCGGUGAUCCGGCUGCUGGCUGAGCUGGGGGCGGGCUUUGCCUGCGCCAACAAGACAGAGAUUGCAGAGGUUCAAAGCAUCGGGGUCCCAGCUGACAAGAUUUUCUACAGCAGCCCUUGCAAGCAGGUUGCCCACGUCAAAUAUGCAGCCAGCCACGGUGUGCAGCUGAUGACCUUCGACAACGAGGUGGAGCUGGGCAAGGUGGCCAGGAGCCACCCGCAAGCUAGGAUGCUUUUGGGUAUUGCUGCUGACCCCAGCCCUUCUGCCCAUCCAAGCAUGGUGUUUGGGGCCACGCUCAAGUCCUGCCGGCGCCUGCUAGAGUCAGCAAAGGAGCAAGAUGUGGAGGUUGUUGGCAUCAGCUUUCACCUUGGGAGCCACAGCCUGGAGCCCCAGGUUUUUGCCCAGGCUGUCGCAGAGGCACGGCUGGCAUUUGAUGUGGGCACAGAGCUGGGCUAUCGAAUGCACCUCCUGGACAUCGGAGGGGGAUUUCCUGGCACCGAGGACACCAGAGCCCAGUUUGAGGAGAUUGCUGCUGUGAUAAACUCUGCACUGGACAUGUAUUUCCCGGAAGGCUGUGGGGUGGAGAUUGUUGCCACACCGGGGCGAUACUAUGUCACCUCAGCCUUCACCUUUGCAGCCAGCAUCACUGGCAAGGAAGAGGUUCCCAUGGAGCAGCCAGGCUCUGAUGGUAAGUGGGAUUCACGGGAUGGAUCUGCCUCUGUGCCCAUGUGCCCCCGAGCCUCUCCCUACUCCCCAGGGGAAGAGUCUGGCAGCAAGAGGAGCCUUGUCUAUCACCUCAGCGAUGGCAUCUACGGCACCUUCAGCUGUGUCCUGUUUGACAGUCCCUGCCCCAAGCCUCUGCUGCACAAGAAGCCCUGCCAAGAGCACCCCUUGUGCAGCAGCAGCCUCAGGGGUCCCCUAGGGCAGGCGGAGGACCAGAUUACCAAUGAUGCAGAGCUGCCUGAGCUGCAGGAUGGGGACUGGCUGAUUUUCCAGGACAUGGGUGCCUACACCAUCACAACUUCAUCCCUGUGCAGUGGGUGUCCCCGGCCACACGUCACCUAUGCCAUGUCCCGCCUGGCCUGGAAGGCUCUCCAGCUCCUCCAGGGGAAGCCACCGCCAGCAGAAGAUGACCAUGAGAGCGCCUGCACUCCGCUCUCAUGCGGCUGGGAGAUGGUGGAGUCCCUCUGCGUUCCCCCGGUCUUCACCCCAGCCAGCAUCAUCUGAGCAGGGAAGGCCCACGCCAGCACCCUGCACCCACAGGGCUGCAGGCAGAGCUCAGCAUAGCACAGUCCUGCUCCUCCUGCUUGUACGGUGUGCUCAGCGGGUUUGGGUGCUUUCGUAGGAGUUAUGGUAAUAAAUGGGUGUUGAGCCUGG